CCACAUUCAAAAGCUGUCGUUUUCUCGUAGGAGUACCUAGAUCACACAGAAAUUGGAAGUACUAUUCAAAUCGAUUCGUCGACAGUUCCUCGUUCGUUUUGUAUUGUGUUAUUUAAAUUUUGUGACUAUAUUGAUUGUAGAUUAAUUUUGUCAGGAUGUUCUAUCAGGUGUUGCGACCAGUCAUUCGCAACGUGGCCAGAAAUGGUACCCGUAUGUCCAGCUCAAAGGUGGUGGAUUUUAAGUUUCCGACGAUAGAUGACAUACCUAUACCGAAAGGGUCAUGGCGAGAAUAUUAUGAAAAGAGGCAGAAAGUUUACAAUAUGCAACUAGCUAUUGGGCUUACUGCUCUGCUGAGUACUUUAACUUUUAUAAAAGUAUCAGGCAUUAUCUUCUUCAACUUUGGUCCACCUGAGGAACCUACUGAGAAGUAAACAUUCAUUUACAUAUUAGCUAAUUACAAUAGAUAUAUAAAAGCAAUCCAAGCACAGCUAUAAUGAAUACUGUGUACUUUAUUAUGAGAGUGUAAUAUACACGCAAUAAAAACCUUGUACUCUGUUCAAUAAAUAGUUCAUAUUUAUAACA